AUGGCUCUUGGAAAAAUUCUGUUUCGAGCCACGCCAAAUGUAUGGUCAAAAACGCCGGGGCGGCCACGGCGGCGGGCGGGGCGGACGCGGGGGGUCGCGUCCCUCCCACCCACGCGUGCCCCCUCAAAAGCCAUUACCCCCGGCACAUCCGUCAACAUCAUUCUCAAAGCCGACCAGCCCACAGGGCGCACAGUAUCAGGCACAGUGAGCGAUUUACUCACGCGUGGCGAUCACCCACGAGGCGUCAAAGUGCGUCUUACAGACGGGCGCGUCGGAAGGGUGCAGAGCAUCGGGAGCGGUGAGCCGACUGGGGAAAUAGAUGGAGGCGCAGAGGGGGCACAAGAAAGCGAGCCCGGUAUCCAAGUACGAUCAGAGGGGGGCGAUUCAAGUGGGAGACGCAAUCGGUUUACAUCGCGUGAUAUGCGUCUCGAUGGACCGGAGGAGCCUUCUGCGGAGCCCCUUGGACUGGAUAUGUACAUACGUCCAGCGAAGGGGAAGAAGAAGGGUAAAAAGACGCAGUCUGAGCAUAGCGUGGCAGUGGAGGAAAGCCAUGCGGGUACGAUAGAUGCAAGCGCUGCCGCUCAAAAACCUGGUUCCCUGAAAUGUCCUGUGUGUGGUGACUUUGAGGGCGACGAAGCUGCUGUGGCGCACCACGUUGCUGGCCAUUUCGGAGAGUGA